ACGUUUCUAAGCAGCAAACAUUUUUCUUAGACGCUCUCGUCACCCUUUUAAUAAUACUUUCAUUCAUUUUCUUUCGUUGCAUUCGUCUUUAACCCUUCGUUUCAUGCACCUUUUUUGAGCUUCUUCCCAAAAAACGUUGAAGGGCAAAUGGGAUUUGUGAGUAGUUUACUGGGAAUUCUCGGUUUUGUUAUUGGCAUUCCUGUUGGACUCUUGGUGGGAUUCUUCUUCUUCAUUUAUUCUAAGCCUGAUGAAGUUGAGGAUCCAGAGGUUAAGCCCCUUCUUGAGUUGGAUAACAUUCCUUUGUAUGAACUGCUACCUGACAUUCCAUUAUGGAUAAAGAGUCCUGAUUUUGAUCGAGUAGACUGGUUAAACAAGUUUCUCUUUGAUAUGUGGCCUUACCUUGAUAAGGCAAUUUGUUCUACAAUUAGAAACACGGCACAGCCAAUAUUUGCAGAGUACAUUGGGAAGUACAAGAUAGAAGCCAUUGAGUUUAGGAACUUAACUCUUGGAACUCUACCUCCAACCAUUCAUGGUAUCAGAGUCUAUGAGACCAAUGAAAAGGAGCUAGUAAUGGAACCAGCAAUGAGAUUGGCUGGCAAUCCCAACAUGGUUUUGGUGAUAAAAUUGUUGUCUUUCCAAAUUACAGUUCAGUUAGUGGAUUUGCAAAUAUUUGCGGCACCUCGGUUAACUUUGAAACCUCUUGUUCCUACCUUUCCGUGCUUUGGAAAAAUUGCAGUGUCUUUGAUGGAGAAGCCACACGUAGAUUUUGGAGUGAAAGUACUAGGAGGGGACAUCAUGUCAAUACCUGGCCUUUAUCAAUUCAUUCAGAAAUCUAUUCAGAAAUAUGUUGCAAGCCUCUACCUUUGGCCCCAAACACUUGACAUACCAAUUCUUGAUGAUUCAGCUAUGGCCAUAAAGAAGCCUGUGGGGAUACUACGUGUGAAGGUUGCGCGGGCUAUGAAACUCUUAAAGAAGGACUUUCUUGGAACGUCUGAUCCUUAUGUCAAACUCAGCCUAACUGGGGAGAGGCUACCAUCGAAGAAAACCACCAUCAAAAAGAGGAACUUAAAUCCUGAAUGGAACGAAAACUUCAAGCUUCUUGUGAAGGAACCCCAAUCUCAAGUCCUUCAAUUACAAGUAUUUGACUGGGACAAGGUUGGCAGACAUGACAGGUUGGGAAUGCAAUUGGUUCCCCUAAAAGUACUUACACCAAAUGAGACGAAAGAAUUUACUCUAGAUUUGCUCAAGCACACAAAUAUUACUGAUCCUAAAGACAAGAGUCAUAGAGGGCAAAUUGUAGUUGAGCUUACCUAUGUACCUUUUAGAGAAGACAGCUGCAAGUUCAGUACUGCGCUAUCAGAGAAAUAUAGCACAAUGGAUAGUGGAAUUAAUCAGUCGUUCAAUGUGAAUCAGGAGACCUUGGGCAGAGCAGGUUUACUUUCAGUUAUAGUCCAAGGAGCUGAAGACGUAGAAGGGGAGCGUCACAACAAUCCUUACACUUUAGUCCUUUUUAGAGGAGAAAAAAAGAAAACAAAGCUGAUAAAAAAAAAUCGUAACCCUCUAUGGAACGAAGAGUUCCAGUUUAUGCUUGAGGAUGCUCCUUUACAUGAGAAGAUCCAUAUUGAGGUUAUGAGUAAGCGGACAGGCUUUAGGUUUCGAGCACUGGAAUCACUGGGAUAUGUAGAAAUUAAUCUUACUGAUGUUGUGCACAAUGGACGCAUCAAUGAAAAAUACCAUCUAAUCAAUUCCAAGAAUGGCAUUAUACAUGUUGAGAUAAAGUGGACAACGAUAUGAGAAAAGAUAUGCAGAUAAAUGGGAUGUAACUACAAAUCUGAGGGGUAGGAUGAUGGUAAAUGUUGUAACUCCAAAGUGUAGUUAUUUCUUUUCUUUGUUGGGAAAGGUUGAAUAUCAGGAGAUACUGCAUUUGUAUAGAAAGCUGUUCAAAAACAUUAGAAUUUGUUUCAUAAAUCGAAAUAUUCAAAUGAUGAAAUUUUGGCACUUCUAUAGAGUCUUUAA